AUGGAAACCGUUUCAUAUAUACGCUCAACAGCAGCUGCUCCUGAAGUAAGUACUUCUCAUGCAGAUGCAGCCAAACUUCAGAUACUCAAAUCAAUUAAGACUAAAUUUUAUAUGCAUAAAUCUUUCGAUAUUCAAUCAGACAUGGAAUUCAUGCCUCAUAUUCCAUCAGAGAUGGCUAAUGAUAGAAACUAUAAGAAGCCAAACAAUGCAUUUUCUUUCAAUCAACUCGCAUCACCUAUUCAUUCUCAUAAUAUUAUAUAUGAUGGAAGACACACAGGUGAAUAUUAUCCUAAUUCGGUAGCUAAUGGCAUGUCCAAUCAACACUACAAUGUUAAUGAUACUCCAAAAUCGAGGAUGGCAUACUUAAAUCAGUCGUCUCCAAAGCGUACAUCCCCAUCACCUCAUUCCAAUACUGGCACCAAAAGUUUACGCAGAAAAGUUACAAGCAACCCCAAGAGCUUUAUUCCUUCGAACGGUAUGCAUUCAGCAAGCCCUAAGCAAUAUCUCGAACAUAAUGAUUACUACUAUAACAAUUAG